ACUUCCUCAAGGCAUUCCGUGAAGAAACCACACCAAAGAAAGCCGCGAUGGCGCAGAUGAUCGUGAUCAAGGUGGAGAUGACGUCCGACAAGUGCCGGUCCAAGGCCAUGGCGCUGGUGGCGGCCACGGUGGGGGUGGACUCGGUGGCACUGGCCGGGGACGGCAAGGACAUGGUGGUGGUAGUCGACGACGUCAUCGACUCCGUCAAGCUCACCACUGCGCCGCGCAAGAAGGUUGGCCACGCGCAGCUCGUGCAGGUCGGCGAUGCCAAGAAGUGGAAGACACACGCCGCCGCCACCGCUGUUGUCGAGUACCCGUGGAACUACUACCAGUACCCUCCGCACACCGUGCCGGUUUACGAACACCACGCCGGCGCCUAUGGUUACCACUACCCGUCCAACACCUGCUCCAUAAUGUAGGUUUUCUUUUUGUGUAGAAGUCAGGGAGCUAUAUCACUAGUGCUUCAUUUUCAUAAAAAGUGUCUUAACUUUGUCAAAAAUUAGAUGUAUGUAGACACGAUCUAGUAGGUAGAUACAUCUAAAUUUUGAUAAAAUUGAGAUAUUUUUGGUAGGAUGGAGGGAGUACUUCAUAUAAUAGUCAUCUUAUAAAAUAGCUUAUGCGAAAAGCAAGGCUCUAAACUAGCCAACUACUUGUUACCUAUAUUACCAUGGUGGUCCUCGCAAAUGUGAGUGCAUGCUCUAAAAUGGUAUUGAGAAAUAAAUUAGUAGUCCAUUAUAUGUCUUAAAGUACUUCUUAUGGUU